AUGUUCCAAUUCUCGUCAUUGGUCCAAAAGGCCCAAUCCUUUAUUGAUCCGGCCAACUUCAAUCUACCAACCAUCUCAUCCAACGAUCGCAACCCCUCCAAAGCCUCUCUCUUCCGCCAACAGUUCCGCCUCCCCGACUCUCAGAACCCGUUACAGGAAAUAACAGCUGAACUGAUUCUCGUGAUUAACCGUGGGCCCGCGUCGAAUACGCAGGGUGACCGCCCCGAUCAGCUCGGAAACCGGUAUACAGGACGUCUACAUCUGAGCGAACGGUUUAUAUGUUUUUCUACUCAGCCUACUAGCUUUUUACCAUCGGCUAGCAAUAAUGCAUCCACAGUAUUUACGGGCCAGACUCAUGGCACCGGCCCCUCAGGAAACGGCUUCACAUUCCCCCUGUGCUCGAUCCGUCGCGUGGAACGACUCAACAGUCUCAACCACGUCUUCUCGCUCGCAUUAACAACCUGGAACGGAGCUUUGAGUCCCAACGCCGCGAAAAGCUCGACUUUUGUGCCCCAAAAAUUCACUAUCCAUCUCGUUGGAAGCAGGCAGGCCUGCGAACGAUUCUGUGAUGGGCUAAGGAAAGGGUUGAGGGAGAGUAUCAAGGAGAUUGAUAGUCUGCGGUCUGUGGUUUUGGAUCAUUAUUCGGAGUAUCUUUUGACUUUACCUCCUAAGGGUAAGGAAGACCCGGAGACCCCGGCGAGACAGCCGCCUGAUGCUGGGUUGGGGAUGGUCUUUCGUUAUCCGGGAGAUGCUCGCAAACUCCGUGAUAGGAGUAAGAUGAGGUUAUGGGCUGAGUAUUUUAGAGAAAACGGUCGUAAUGCCACUUUGAUUCGACAGCCAACAUUUCAUAAGCUCAUUCGUGUGGGAUUACCCAAUCGUUUGAGAGGAGAGAUCUGGGAACUUACGUCCGGUUCUCUGUAUCUACGUUUAAGAUCUCCCACCCAUUAUGAAGAAACCCUUACCAAGUACUCCGGUCGAGAGUCAUUGGCUAUUGACGAGAUCGAAAAAGAUUUGAAUCGAAGUUUGCCGGAAUACCCGGGUUUCCAGAGUGAAGAAGGUAUAGGACGUUUGCGGAGAGUCUUAACUGCGUACAGCUGGACAAAUGAAUCAGUCGGUUACUGCCAGGCCAUGAAUAUAGUCGUCGCGGCCCUUUUAAUAUAUAUGUCAGAGGCACAAGCAUUCUUUCUUCUAUCGGUGGUCUGUGACCGGCUUCUACCCGGGUACUACUCCACAACGAUGUACGGCACUUUACUGGAUCAAAAGGUCUUUGAAUCCCUUGUCGAAAAGACGAUGCCAGUUCUUUGGGACCAUCUCGUAAAGUCCGAUGUGCAAUUGUCUGUUGUGUCCCUACCAUGGUUUCUCUCCCUUUAUAUCAACUCAAUGCCUUUGGUAUUCGCCUUUCGAGUAUUGGACGUCUUCUUCCUCGAAGGGCCAAAAGUUCUCUUCCAAGUCGGACUGGCUAUCCUACGUAUUAAUGGGGAAGAGCUUCUGGACGUACAGGACGACGGCUCGUUCAUUUCUAUUUUGAAAUCAUACUUUUCCCGCUUGGGAGACUCUGCACAUCCGCGGUCUGAAAACCCCAAGCUCAGAGCUAUUACCCGGUUCCAGGAAUUGAUGGUGGUGGCUUUCAAGGAAUUUUCUGGCAUCACUCAUAGUUCAAUUACCGAACAACGAGAGAGGCACAAGGAUGCUGUUUUGGAGAACAUUGAGAACUUUGCGAAGCGCACGUCAAUUAGGAAUCUUGGACCUGAGAGUAAGAGGCUGAGUAUGGAUGAUCUUGGCACAGUCUACGAUCGUUUUUACCAAGUACUUUAUGAUUAUGAGGGUAAACAACGACUUUUGGAACAAGAAAAGAAAAAGUUGGAAAAGAAAAAGGUUGAACGCUAUUCAGUCCUGGGUCCUCCCGUUGACGCUGAAGUUGGACGAGUUGGACUCGGUCCAAGUUCAACACAUAUGGACUACGAUGCUUUUAGGCAAUUUUUGGCAAAUACCGCCAGAUGGGCUAUUGCAGACUCGCCCAGCUCGGGUCGACACCCUUCGAUCUCUGAAAAAGACCGCAUCAACGGCAAUGACAGUAUUCGCGGCCGGAGUGCAUCGCAUUCAAAGUGGACUGAUAAUGUAGAGCCUGCUGAUCACGAGUUCAUGCAACGUCUAUAUCGCAAAUGGAACACUGAUGAUGAUAAUGGGCUGAGUCUGCAGAAUGUUGUUAUUGGAUUGGCCAAGUUGAAAGGCACACGCGACAUUAUGAAUUCGAUAAAUUAUUUCUUUGAUCUUUAUGACGACAAUGGCGACGGCAAAGUAGAUCGUGAAGGAAUCUUAAGGAUCUCAGAAGCGCUUCUUUUCCUGUCGCGCAGAGGUUUUGAUGGAGCGCUGAGCCCCAGUGAGACGAUGGAAAAUCUUGCAGAUGCAGGCCUGGUAGCUGAACAGCGUGACAAAGUCAAGAUGAGCGUGGAUGAGCGCUUCCUCGGAAGUGUCAGUUCCUUCAUUCGGCGAUGCUUUGAGUAUGCAGAUCCAAGCCACCCACAAAACCAGAAACAAAGCGGUCAACCUACCGAAGUCGAUAAUGCUGCUAGCAAGUUGGAUGCAUUCUCUAUUGGCGACGAUGACGAUGAAGAGGACUUAAUCGAGGUAGAGGAGAACAAAUCACCUGAAAGACUUUCGCCUCCUCAAACACCCGUCACGACAGGAGACACGGCGUUGCCUAUCAACUCGCCAUCCGGUCGCUCAGAAGCGGCAAAUGCAGCGCUCGAUCCCAAUAACCCAUUACAUAUCACCCUGCCUACGUUUAGGAUGGUGGUCCUCGCGGACGAGCUUUUGGAGCAAUUCUUCGAGACGUUCUUCCCGCAAUCGUUCCAUCUGUCAGAUCGCCCUAAUCCAGCUUCGUUGACAGCAUCCACAUCACUAUCAUCAAAUCUUACUACCUUCUCCAAUAUCGGCGCCGCCGGACGGUCUACCCUAGGCGCCAUCUCAGGAGCAACUGUUGCCGGUGCUUCAGGCGGAAUUGUUCCGCCUAACAAAGGCCUCCGCGGUGUCUUGGACAACAUUGUCAGUGACGGAAUGCGCAUGGCCGCCGAAGUGCGCAAAAAGAUGGAGGAGGCCCAACGCGAAAUGGAGCGUAACGCACUUGGACGUGCUGACGAAGAGGACGAUGAAGAAGACGAUGACGGUAGGAGCCUUGCUUCUUCCGCUGCCAUGGUUGGGGGGAUCUCUAGCUGGGGCGCUGGUGCAUACGGCAUUGACCCUGAACGACGCAGUGUUCGCGACCGAGAUCGAGAUUUACUUGAAGGUGCCGAAGCGGAAGCCGUGCUUGACGGUAAAGAGUCCCAUCAACCGUCCCAAGAGGCUCGACAACAUACACCGUCACCAGCUCCGCAUGAUAAAUUACCAGAUGACAGCGUGAGCAGAGUCGAAUUCAAUGCCUAG